AUGCGGAAACCAUUUGUGUAUGAACAUGACAGCUGUGACAAGUCAUUCUGCACCAAGUACCACCUAGCUUGGCACCAGCGGAGCCACAGUGGCUACCCCUGUGAAGAAGAUGGCUGUUCUUUCAUUGGAAAGACCUGGACGGAGUAUAUUAAACAUAGGAGAGAACUACAGAGAUGUAUGCCGUCUCAUGCCUUAUGA